AUGAAUGAUUUGUUUGAAUUAUUUUUUGUGCCAUCCGCUCGUCGGCGUUCUCAUCAUUCUAAAUUACCUCAUAAUAAAAAUGAUUCAUUGACUGAUUUACAACCCUCCGUUGAUUCUUUUCCUUCAAAUUUUGUUACUUUAGAAAAACAGCAAGUAGAGGAAGAAGAACAAAGACGUCGUUCAUAUCCACCACCUUCAAAAUAUCGCUAUGAAAAACGUAAUUUUGAAGAUGAUGAUAACUUGAAAGAAAUGCAGGCUGAUUUUGAUAAUCUAAAUAAUAAUACAAAUAAUUCUGAAAAUGAGAAUGUUAAUUUCUCAAUUUCUUCGUUAAAAAAAGAAAAAUCAACAGCAAAUCAAACACAAUUUUACUUAGAACAACCACCCCCUCCCCCUCCUAUUAAUCUUUUUCAAACACCCAAAUCUUCUUUAAUUUCUUCUUCAACUUGCCUCUCUUCUUUAAAAAAUGAACAGGGAAAGUGGCAACAACAAAAAAAGGAGAAACAACAAAAAUCUGCAGAAAAUAAUUCCCCUUCUCCUUCUCAAAUUUCAACUUGUCCAUUAAGUGAAAAUAAAGGGAAGAGGUUGGCAGAUCUACGUUGGGUAGACCAACCUACUGCAAGGUAA